AAAGUUAAACAAGAGGCCAUUGCUUACUAGCAGUGUAAAAAAAAAAAAAGCAGAGCCGCGCACAUUUUGUACUACUUAGAGGGGUUUUAUGUUUAUUUUAGCCUGGAAACGAGUUCAAAUCCGCAUUUUAGCGCUCGGACUUGUUUUUUUUUUUUUUUUUUGGGAAAUAACACAUAACGUUAGCGGGUAUCCAAAAGACAUUCCCGUGAAAAUGGGAAGCUGCCUGUGAGCAAGUGAAUUCGUGAAUUUGGGAUGACGGCUUUGUAGCACCCCAGGUUGUGAUAAAUACUCCAAAGAAAUUAUUUGGUCAGUAUCCGGUGUCAGUGGAGAACCAUCCAACAAUGGGGCCCCUCGCUACACCUAAAAAAGGAAGGGAAGCACGUUCUGUUGAUCCCUGGACGCCGACUUCAAACCUUAAAAUGCUCAUCAGUGCUGCUAGCCCAGACAUCAGGAACCGAGAGAAGGAGCUGUGCAUGGUCACUGAUGAACGGGAAGGUGUUGACUCUGCACAGGACACUGAAAAUUGCGAAGAGUCAGAGAAAAUGAUUAGCAGGAAAGAGAAGAGUCUGGGUUUGCUCUGUCAUAAAUUCCUUGCCCGCUACCCGGAUUGCCCGGACCCUGCCAUCAACAAUGACAUCUGCCUGGAUGAUGUGGCCACUGAGCUCCAUGUAGAACGGCGGCGCAUCUACGACAUCAUGAACGUGCUAGAGAGCCUGCACAUGGUGAGCCGCUCGGCCAAAAACCGCUACAUGUGGCACGGCCGGACCAAACUGGCUGAGACUUUGGCCAUUUUGAAGCAGGUGGGCGAGGAGCACAGGUACGGCCAGCAGAUGCAGCAGAUCCGGCAGCGUCUCCUGGACAAGGAGUUUGACUUUGACAAUGAGGAGAAGGAGAACGAGGAGGCGGUGGACCUGGAGAGCGGGGAGCAGGGACAGAAGGAGCUCUUCUUUGUGGAGCUUCCAGGAGUAGAGUUCAAAGCAGCCUCUGUUAACAGUCGGAAGGACAAAUCUUUGAGGGUAAUGAGCCAGAAGUUUGUCAUGCUCUUUCUGGUGUCUAAUCCUCGCGUGGUCAGUCUGGACGUAGCCGCCAAGAUCCUGAUCGGAGAGGACCAGGGUGCAGAUCAAGACAAGAACAAGUUCAAGACCAAGGUGCGCCGUCUGUAUGACAUAGCUAAUGUGCUACGGAGCCUGAAGCUCAUUGAGAAAGUCCACGUGACAGAAGAGAGGGGGAGGAAACCGGCUUUUGAAUGGGUCGGCCCCCAAGAAUUCCCAGAAGUCAAAGACUUGGAGAGCUCCAAAUCUGAAAGCCCAACUAAAAAGAAAAGUGUACUGGAGUCCCGUAUGUCUGUAGACAACUGUGCCAAAAACCUAUUUUCAUCGCCGGGAGCUAAGCGCAGCUUCACCCGGCACCCCUCCCUCAUAAAGCUGGCCAAGAGCAUUGAGGAUGACCGUCGCAAGAUCAGUUCCGCGCCCAGCAGUCCUUUCAAGAGUGCCCUCAGCGAUUCAUCAAACACUGAUUUCCCAAACAAGAUGGCCCAACUUGCUGCUAUUUGUAAGAUUAAGCUUGACCAGGAAUCAGUGACUGGAGCUGAAGUACCAAAACACGCUGCUGCUGUGAGGCCAGAGACAGCCUCCUCUGGUUCAAUGGAACCGCCUCAGGCCCUGUUACUAACUCCAACCCAGGAGCCUGGAGUCAACACUACUGUCCACCUUACCCCCCACACCCCACUAACCGCCAUGCCCCCGGGCUCAGUCACAUACAUUCCUGCACAGUGUUCAUCCCUGAUCCCUAUCCUGUUACCUCAGCAGCGGGGGAGCGGGCCCUUUGCAGUGUAUUUGCAACCUUCCUCCCCCAGGCCAAACCCUCUGGCCAGGCCACAGCCAACCAGCCUCGCUGUGCGCUCUAUGACCUUUGAGGAUAAGACUGGGCAGAGCCCAUUAAGCCAGUAUGCGGCUAAGAGCCAGCCUGGCUCCAGGGUGUCGGACGUCAGCCCCUUGGCAAUCAAACGACUGCGUUCAGAUUCAGUCACAGAGAGCAGUCCCUCCAAAGCUAAGAGGACUGAUCCCAACUUUAAGGACACCUCUCCGAAGCUGUGUGAGAUCUUACAGGCGCGUCUGAAGGCCCGUCGCAGCAGUCACCUCUCAAGCCGGCCCUCGCCUCGCGCACUCCACCUGGACCCGGAGUUUGUCAACACCCCCGGCGGUGCUGUUGCCCAUCAGACUCUAGGGCAGAGCUUGGAGACCUUCCUGGACAGAGAGGACAAGACACCGAACUCUGACAGCGAGGCGGGAUUAACACCAGUCAGAGCCGUACCCCUCACGCCAGGACAGCUCCACACAGAGACGUUAGUACCAGCCGGAUACCUGAUUCCAAUCUCCCAGCAGUCCCUCAUCAGCUACAGGGAAAUUCAAUGUUUAGGGAGAGAAAGCAACAAGGCCUCAACUCCCACUUACAACAUCUACCAAACACCGACUGCAGGCUCCAGACCUGCCCUGGCCCAGGAGAUUACACCCACCAACCUUUGUCUUCACAAACCCACUGCUGCCGCCUCGCCACAAACCACCCAGCAGGCCCACCACCUCCACAGCCCCAGUCCUGCCAUCCUGAACUUCACCUUGCAGAACCUGGGUCUGAUCUCAGGCUCUAGCCCAGGAAACACCUUCGCUGCCCCACAGACUCCAGACUGUGCCAACACCCUGCCCAGCCCUCUGCCGGGCCCACUGGCCCUGCAGCAGAGAGGGAUGGUUUUCAUCAAACCCGUGUCCCCUGUGCCCGUCCAGCAGUCUGUAUCAGCUCAACCAAUGGCCCUGAUCAGUGUCCAACAGCCUCUGAUGACGACCCCCAAAGGGACAGGGCUCCCCCAGCAGAGCUUCUUCCACACGCCGGUCCCCCUCUCCCCUCUGGCUGCCAUGGUAACCACCAGUGGACACCCAGCCACCAAAACUGUUUAUGUCCCUCAGAGGAAGCUGGAUGUCACCACUGAGGACUCCUGAAAUCCUUGAAGGACACCCUCAGAUGUGUGUGUGUGUGGGUGUUGUGGGUGGGUGUGUUUAUUUUUCUCUGAACAUUUCACGGCCUUCAUUCACAGCCAGCUCUAAAAAUAGCUGCCUUUCAGACUUCGGCUGUGGACACAUGCAAAUCAGAUUUCAAAGUCAGAGUUCACCAGAUACUCAUGAACACUAUUGUGAUGCUGGUAGAAAAUGUUUUCCCAGGAGUAAAUUUGCAUGACCUAAUGGGGGAGAAUUAAUGAUCUGUUUUGUUCUUGUUUGUUUUACUUAAAUCUGCUAAUGUGGGUGAUGCAAACACCAAUAAUUGUAUUCAAACAGUAGUAAAUGGUCCCAUCAGUACUAUAAAGAACAAAACAAGUCACAUGGAUGUUUUUUUAAUGAAAGACCAGUUUAAUUGGAAAAAUUGUUCAUUGAUCAUUUUCUCUCUUAUGUUAAUGAGACUACUUUUGCACAUAUGUACAUGUUAAAUGUUACCUCUGUUAAAAUGGAAUUGUUAAGGAAAUGUGAAUAUUUGUGAUUCAUUCUAAGACUAAUCAGGCAUUUUGAUACGUUUAAUUUAUAAAGAAAUAACCUUCAUUUCCGAUGUCCUGUUUAAGUGUAAUAUGCUAAUGGAAUUUGAAUACAUUUUUUGUAAGAACGUCA